UGGAGCGUGCGCACAACGCGGUGUCAGUGGAGAAUGGAAAACAGGGGCGGUGCAGCAGCAUUUACAGCUAAUAUCGGAGUGGAAUGAGGCGUAUUUAUUGCUGAAGUGUUUGUUUUUGGUGAACAGUGUGGAUAAUUUAAGGAUUUAAGGACAGGAUCUCUCCUCGCUUCGCUCUCGCUCGGUUUGGUUCAUUUCCAUCGCCCCAAAUGGACUGUCAGCUUUAAGUUUCAGGCUGAUUGGAUGAGCACAGACUGUCAUGGCGCUCCUUCACGAGCAGCGCGCACCUUCUCCUUCUCUGUCCGGCUUCAACUCGCCUCUGUCAGACCCUCCGUCCUUUCGCCGUCUGGAUGCCGAGACGCCGUGCACCCCAGAAAUGGACCUAACCCCGACCCAGUGUGUCCUCCGUAACGUCCUGUCCAUAGACACGGGGAGUGUGGUGGAGCAGGGAGGAGGGGGUGAGGGACAGACCGUCGGACAUAAUCACUCUCCAAAUGAGGAACAACAAGAGCACUUUGCCAACAGUGUUUUGAAACUUCACGAGCACGACGGGAGUCCCUGCAGGACCGAGGGAGAGGAGCGGGACAUGGACUGUACUAUGGUCAGGAGCCCGGGGGACGGGGCCAGGCUGCAGUGUCAGUCGACUGGAGGGGGCGGGGGCUUCCUGGAGGGGCUCUUUGGGUGUCUGAGACCGGUCUGGACUAUGAUUGGCAAAGCUUACUCCACAGAACACAAACAUGAUCUGGAUGAAGCUUGGGAGGUCCCGUUUGAGGAGAUCUCAGACCUUCAGUGGGUCGGCAGUGGAGCCCAAGGUGCCGUUUUCCUCGGCAAACUGCACGGACAGGAAGUAGCGGUCAAAAAAGUGAGGAACAUUAAAGAGACGGAUAUCAAGCAUCUACGCAAACUCAAGCAUCCCAACAUCAUCACUUUCAAGGGGAUCUGCACUCAAGCUCCAUGUUACUGCAUCAUUAUGGAAUACUGCGCGCAAGGCCAGCUGUACGAGGUGUUACGAGCAGGAAGAAAAAUCCACCCGUCUCUGCUCAUGGACUGGGCCAUGGGAAUCGCAGGGGGCAUGAACUACCUCCACCUGCACAAAAUCAUCCACCGAGACCUCAAGUCGCCAAAUAUGCUGAUAACCUACGACGACGCUGUGAAGAUCUCCGACUUCGGGACGUCCAAAGAACUUAGCGACAAGAGCACCAAGAUGUCCUUCGCGGGGACGGUGGCCUGGAUGGCUCCUGAGGUCAUACGCAACGAACCUGUCUCUGAGAAAGUCGAUAUAUGGUCGUUCGGAGUCGUGCUGUGGGAGAUGUUAACGGGAGAGGUGCCCUAUAAGGACGUGGACUCUUCGGCCAUCAUCUGGGGGGUGGGCAACAACAGUCUGCAGCUGCCUGUACCUGAUAGCUGCCCUGACAGCUUUAAGCUCCUCCUGAGGCAGUGCUGGAACUGCAAGCCGAGAAACAGGCCGUCGUUUCGUCAGAUUCUUUUGCAUCUGGACAUUGCGUCUGCAGACAUCUUAUCGACCCCGCAGGAAACCUAUUUUCAGUCACAGGUGGAGUGGAGGGACGAGGUCAGGCACCACUUUGAACAGAUCAAAUCUGAAGGGACGUGUCUCCACAGACUCGACGAGGAGCUGAUCAAACGUCGCAGGGAAGAACUCAGACAUGCCCUUGACAUCCGAGAACAUUACGAGAGAAAACUGGAGCGAGCCAACAACUUGUACAUGGAGCUAAAUGCCAUCAUGCUGCAGCUGGAGAUCAAGGAGAAGGAACUCCUCAAGAGGGAGCAGUCUCUGGACAAGAAGUAUCCAGGCUGCUUCAAACACCACAGACAAUCUGCCUCAUCAAACUCAAUGGAGAAACUCAUGAAGAAACGAAAUGUACCUCAGAAACUGCCGUCCCACAGCAAGAGGCCUGACUUACUGAAAUCUGAAGUCAUCCUUCCCAAACUGGACUCAUCUAUUACCCAAGUCACUAUCCCCAAUAAAGGCUCAACAUCACCUGGAAGGUCUCGCAGGGGCAAACCUCGCUACAGAAAGGCCGGUAAAGGCAGUAGUGGGGAUUUGGCUCAGCUGAAGGCGACACUGUCCUCCUCUUUAGCCAUGGUCAAUGCGACCUGCUCAGUACCCAGCAGCAAACAGCUUUUGGAUCGUAGUGCCGCCCUCAAAGGACUCCAACAUGACCUUCUGCUCAAGAAAAUGUCCUCCUCCAGCCCUGACCUUAUCUCCACCACUCUGGAGGCUGAGGGGAGGAGAAAAGGCCAGCUGAAGACCGGACUGGACAGAGCGGGCAGUCAGAGCGCCUCUGGGCUGGAGGAGAGUCGGACUGAAGGGCAGGAGGUGAGGGUGGAUGUGGGAGUACGGACUGAUGAUUUAGUAGAAACACCUCCACGCAGUGACACGCCAAGUGAAGACGCAGCGUCCAUACCUUUUUCCAGCAGUCCUGACUCUCCCUGCGGCAGGGGGGCUGCCGCUGGGAGGGGCUCGGUGCUGGGCAGCACGCGGGUUCCUCAUGACGGUGACGAUAAAGAGGAGGGGACCGUGAUCACACGCUCUCCGAGGAGUCAGAGGCUCACACCCUCAGCUCUUCUGUACAGAGCUGCAGUCACACGCAGUCAGAGACGUGGCUUGUCGUCAGAAGAAGAGGAGGGUGAAGUGGACAGUGAGGUGGAGCUGCCAAGGAGACGAUGCACUAUGAGCAUGACCAAGUGCCAGUCCCUCUCCACGUUCAGCUCAGAGAACUUAUCAGUGUCAGACGGAGAAGAGGGGAACACCACGGACCACUCCCACAGCGGCACUCCAGAUGUGGUCAGCACCAACACCGACGAGCGCCUGGACGACAAAAGUGAUGACCUUCUGUCUCAAGGCUCCGAGAUCCCCGCCGACCCGUCUGACCCGACACAACUGGGCUCCGAUGGACUGUCAGAGAAAGAGGCCAUCCUCAGACGAGUCAAGAGCCAGCUCGCUUCAAACGACCUUAACUAUGAGGGCCUUUACGAUGACUCUGAUUGUGACAGUACUGAGCUGGACCACUCCUGCAGUGGAGACCCAGGUCCGCCUCCAAACAACUGGUGAACAGCAGCAUUCUGGCCUUUAAACGUCUCAUCAGGUCACACAACGAUACGCACACAGACAGUCAGCGGGAAUAUCAGACCAUAUGAUAUUUCAUGGCCAAAAGAACAAAAGAUGAAGUGUCUUGAACAUUUGGCACACACAGAAGCUUUGGAACGAUCCUCCGCCACAUCCGACAACACGAAGCUGCCCAUUUUACAUCAACGUGUGACUUUUAGUGUUUUAAUUUAUCUGAAACAUGACAAAUAUCAGGGUUUACUUUAGAGUCAGUGUGGACAAAUGCUUGUUGCACUUAAUUUAUUAAACAAAAGUGAUAUUUUUUGUUAUUAUGUACGGAUAUAUUUAUGUUUCGCUUUACAGUAAAUUAUUGAUCAAUUUGAUGUUUACAUUUUUUACGAUUUUAUUUAUUACAUUCAUAAAAAACAUUGCCACUUUUACCAGUUUGUAAGUUGUUGUAAAUAUCAUGUCAUGUUGUAAAAUAGAACAAAUUUUCUAAAAUGUGAGAUUGUAUACUGGUGCUGAUUUUUAUCAUUAUUAAGUGGCAAUAGAUGUUCUUUUACGCUGGUUUAGAAUGUAACUUUGUACCUGCUGUUAUUAUCUGAGCUUGGAAACGAAAAUAUAGUUCAAGAAUGCAACAAAGCAAUACGUUUACUACUGUAAUUCUGUCGUCCGUUUCAUGCAGAGGCUGGUUUUGUGCUGGUCUGUGUUCAAGGGAUUUGUUUUGGCAGAAAUGAGACGUGGAGAAGGCGCCAUAAGGAUCAACGCUGUAGCUUUAACAGUGAUGGUAUUGUUAUUAAUACUGUCACUGCUUCUCCACAAUGAGUAUAUUUUUGGUAUUUUUCAUCCCCUCUCAGACGUACAUGACACUUCAGUCCUCAGAACUGAUGAAACAAAACUCAACUCUAAAACAGGUUUUUGUUUGUGCAAAUGAUGGAGUCCACUGAGCUCAAAAGCUAAAAAAAAAAAGCAGCUGAAUUUUACCUGAUUGAUGGACUAAACCUGAAGAACAUGUUGCCAAAAAACAUACUACUGCCCUCUAGUGUCUGCACCAAGUAACUGACUCCCCAUGAAUGUAAAUUAAUGUAUGAACUGACUGCUUUUUAAUGCAUAAAUGAAAUGUAUAAUACAGUGAAUAAAAAUAUUAUUAAACCCUUCCCCAAUACACA